AUGGCUCACCCAAUUCAUGAGGCUAAUGAGUUUAGUCCUUACGGGAAUCUGACGAGGCAGGAGUUCUACCUGAAACAUCACAUAUUGCACCAAAAGGGCUUCAUGAUCAACAGACAGAAGAUGAAGAUAUACACACAAUCAUGGCAGCCGUCAGAUUUGAGUGUCAAAUUGAAAGGGCUUGUGGGAAUGAUUCAUGGCUAUUCCUCGAAGAGUAGUUGGCUCUUUGAACUAAAUGCGGCAGUGAUAGUUGAGAAGCUGGAGGAGAAAAUGGCUCACCCAAUUCAUGAGGCUAAUGAGUUUAGUCCUUACGGGAAUCUGACGAGGCAGGAGUUCUACCUGAAACAUCACAUAUUGCACCAAAAGGGCUUCAUGAUCAACAGACAAAAGAUGAAGAUAUACACACAAUCAUGGCAGCCGUCAGAUUUGAGUGUCAAAUUGAAAGGGCUUGUGGGAAUGAUUCAUGGCUAUUCCUCGGAGAGUAGUUGGCUCUUUGAACUAAAUGCGGUGGCUAUAGCAAAAUCCGGAUUCUUCGUAUGUGCAUUAGACCUGCAAGGACAUGGCUUCUCAGAAGGCCCUCGUUAUCACUUCACUAAUUUCAAUGACCUGGUGAAUGAUUGCCUGCAGUACUUUGACUCAGCCCGCACCAGUCAUCCGGAGCUGCCACAUUUUCUUUACGGGGAGUCACUGGGCUCUUCAAUGGCAUUGCUUGUGUGCCUGCAGCAGAAAACAGCAUGGAAUGGUUUGAUAGUAUCUGGAGUUGCACGCGGAUCCUGGAAAAAAAAGUUCAUACCUGUUUGGCUGCUGAAUAAACUAAUUGAAGCUGUUGUUUUUUUUGCACCAUCUUGGAGGGUGCCAUUCUUCAGAUCACCUGCAAGUAUAUCAUACAAGGAGGAUUGGAAGAGAAAGUUGGAAGAGAGAAGCCCAAACCGGCAUACCUGUGGUAAGCUGACUGCAGCCGUGGGAUUGCAGUUCCAGAAGUUCACCGAAUACAUAGAAAGAAACUGCCAUGGGUUAACAGUGCCAAUUUUGAUUCUACAUGGUGGAGAUGACAUGGUAUGCGAAGUGACAGGAGCUAAACGCCUCUAUAAUUCAGUAGCCAGCAAAGACAAGACAUUGAAGAUCUACGAAGGCAUGUGGCACCAAUUCAUUGGAGAACCAAAUGAAACGGUAGAAGAAGUAGUUAACACCAUACUAUCAUGGAUUGAAGUCAGAGCUGAAGUAACAUCAGCUGAAUGA